AUGGCACCAAAGGCAAGAGAAGAUUUAAUCAUACCGUAAGUAGAAGAAGACAUAUUUGACAUAUUGGACAUAUUGGACGUAUUGGACAUAUUGGACAUAUUGGACAAAUUGGACAUAUUGUCUUUGUUGAAUGAAAGUGUAUUAACUGUUUUAGUUACAAACAUAUUCCAGCUAAAGUAAGAAAAGAUGCUGGUGGAAAUGUUAUAGCUCAAUCGUUGCCUAUGGCAGCUAUGUUUAUGAGAAAUAAAAUGUUAUCAUGGGCUGCUUUAUUUUUAUCGGUUCAAUCUUAUUUACAAGAACCAAUCAAUAAACCAGAGGUAGCUAAUGAUGAUUCAGCUUCUCAACCUGCUAUUUUGAGAGUUUUAUUUGCUUUUAUUUCUGUAUUGACUUGUUAUAUGGAUAUUGUUUUCCCUAGUUCAAAUCCUGCUUUUAAGAAAUCAGUUCCUGCUGCUCCAACUGCUUAA